GCUUCCUCACCUGUAUCUGGUAAUCCCACUUCUCCUUUUGCAAUCUCGUCUGGGGACAAUAAUCAAAUAAAUACUGAAGACAGCAUGGCCAGUGAUCCAGCGAAAUCGUCUGUACCUUCUCUUCCUGUAUUUGGUCAACCUUCCAUCUUGCCUUCAAAUCCAUCACAAGCCAAUCCCUUUCAAUUUGGUGGCCAACCAAACCAACUUGCUCAGGAAAACCAAUCUACGUUCCAGGCAUCAACUAGUCUAGGAUUUAGUUCCAGUGGAAGCUUCUCAUUGGGCAGUAGUGACGGUGGCGGUGACAAGUCGGGUUGUAAGAUUGUUAAAUUUAAUCCCAAUCAGCACAGGAAGAAGUGAAGAAAAUGAAUGGUGAAGCUUUGGUAUGCUUCAUGGACGCCGUUCAUCACUGAGAAGACGAGUUGUUCAGGAAGCCCCCUCCUAGCAUUGAAAAAGAAAGUUAGCCCCCCUUCACCAUUCACUGUUGAGAAAGGGGCACUUGAUAGUGGUGGUGCUGUAUUAAAACGCACAUAUGGAGACGAGGAGAUCAGUAUUUCUGUAAUGCGAUUGGCUAACAUAAUUCCUGGAGAUUCUGGAGAUGACAUUGAUGAUGGUAUUAAUCAGUUGUUUCUUCAUGUUGAUAUCUCUAAGCCAGGGCAGAAGGAGUCUCUGCAUUUUCUCUGUGGAUUGUAUCCUGAUGCUUUGGGAAUUCACUCUGUUUCGAUGAGGCCAAAAGCUGAUUCUUCAGGGUUCCUUGUGGUUCCAACGAAAUACAACGGCCCUAUUUUUGAAGAUCUUGAUGAAAAAGUAAGAGAUGCUCUUCAUGGUUACAUAGAAGAAAGAGGGGUUAAUGAGAGCCUCUUUCCAUUUUUACAAGCUUGGCUUUAUGUAAAAGAUCACAGGAAUCUCUUACGUUGGUUUAAGACAGUUGGAACAUUUGUUAACGAGAGCCAGUCGGGAGCUUCACAUGCUUAGUUGAUUUCAAGGUAAUUCUGAAGUUAAUUGUACACAAAACUGGAUGAAGACCCCUCUAUGUGCUAGAAAAUAGAAUGAAAAUCUUCUUCAGUGUACACUAUUCGAUCUCUGUGAUAGGAUAUUAGGUGUUGGUAUAACUAAUAUAUCUUGUGUGACAGCUCUUCAAGCCAUUUAGUUUGAUCUAAUACACUCAUGCGGUUCUUCUAUUUAAGGCAUUUCAUAGUUGAAUAAUUUGCAGUUCCUGGCUUGCAUGGUGUUGGGUGCAUGAUUGUCUUAGAACAGUUUCUUAACCUUUCAUAUGCUUGGAUUGUUACUACUU